AUGCCUCCUUCACCCUCAAUGAGUUCUUCCCGGAGGGAGCUCAUGACGGGGAACAGCAGCACGAGCACGAGGUCCCUGGUCAAAGCCAAAGAGGAUGAUCUCGCACUGUUCAAGGACAUGCAAUUGAGGGAGAGGGAUGAAUUCCUGCUCUGCUCCUCUGAUGAUUUUGAAGACUCCUUAUGUAACUCUUCCUCCAUUAAAAUUUAUCAUCGAAUAAAGCAUCAUUUCGUUGCUGUACUAAAUCUUAUUUCCUGCAUGCCAACGUGCUUGUGCCAGCAAAAUUGAAAUACUUUCCGGACUUCAAGUUGAACAAUCCAGACCAAGGAGAGAGCAACGACCUCCUGAAUGCGGAAUGUGAAAAGAACGAUUACGAAUGGUGAGUUUUCCACUCAGAUUUUGAUGAUCUCCAAUUCACUUUUUCAUCUUCAUCCCUAACUCUGUAAUCUUCUUACAUGCUAUGCUGCAAGUCCAACCGACGUAGAUCAAUCUAUCAUAAACCUUAACCCAUAAAUUGCAGCUCUUCCAAUCAGUCUCCUGUGUUCAAAUUGUGAUGCUCGAUGCAGGAACAGAAUCCCUAAACUUUCUACAGUGUCAUAGCGAAACAUUUAUUUUUUGGGCAAGUCAGGGGCAUUUGAAGGAAUGCCAUCUGUGGGUUCCAGUUUCUUCAAAACAUAAAGGCCAAAAUUUAUCUCUAAACCCCUCAAGUUCUGUCUAGAUGGUCGUGCUUCAGAUUUUCUUUGAGAAUCUACUUCGUUUUCUGCUUCUCAUUGUAGCACCUUUGCUUCAUGUGGUUCACCGUAUAUGACGAGAAAAGCUUGCUUUUUGUGCUGCAAAACAGGCUAUUAACUCCUCCUGAGACUCCUCUCUUUCCUUCUUUGGACGAUGACGAGCCUAAGGUGGCUGGUUUGGUGCCAGUGAGCAGUUCUCAAACUCAACCUAUUUCCAUCACCAAGUCAUCCACAGUGGGUCACGAUUACUUCCUUUCCUAUAUAUUUUAUAUGUAUUUUAAACUCGAGGACUAAGAAACAUCCUUUCACGUGGCGAUUUAACAUUUCCAUACCGAAAAAUUGUCCUCUUUUCGCAGACAGAAAGCAGAGGCAGGAAAAGUAGAAGCAGUGUCAGUCCUCGUGGGCGAAGCCCAUCUGCCCGAUCAGCGAUUGGUUUGCCUGUUUCAGGAAGACAUUCCAGCCCCCCAAGUAAACUCGUAGUUCCUACACCAAGAUUUUCUACUCCAACAGUCAAGAGAAUGAGUUCCAUAUCAAGUGGGAGUGGCAGCAUAUCCUCUUCCACAAGGAAGGGAGCCUCUCCGGUGAAGGCCAGUAGAGGGAGCUCUGCAUCCCCUAAGCUGAGAGGAUGGCAACCAAACGCCCCUGGGUUUUGCUCGGAAUCCUCCUCCAGCCUUCGAUCUUCUCUCCCUGAUCGGCCGGCAUCACGUGCGAGAGGUUUGUCGCCAACACAAAAAAACAGAGUGGACCAACCUUUGAGAAAUGCGAGGCAUUCCAUGUCGCCAACAGCUUCUACAAGUGUCAGCUCCUCGCACAGUCACGAUCAAGACUCUUUCAGCAAUCAUAGCAAGGGAUCUAUAGGGUCAUCUGGGGAUGAUAAUGAGGACUCCUUGCGCUCAGUCAAUGGAGGAGCCACAGACAGCCUGAUGUUAAGGAAAAAUGGACGUUUCUCAAACGGUGGAAGUAUGGUACAGUCCAAUAAGCUGUCCAGAGCAGUAUCCGCAAGUUAUGCUCCAAAGAGCUCCUUCGAUACUGCACUUCGACAGAUGGUAUGUUUCUUAUUAUCUGAUUUAUGGUUUUUUGUAAUUCGUUUUUUCUUCUGAAGAACUGUAUGCUACGGCAAGGAUGAAAUCUAAUGUCUGUACUGAUAGGUGCGACUUUUAUUGUAUAAUUUUUAUUUUUUCGUUAUAUUUAUGUAAUCACUAGUCUAUGCCCUGUUACUUUAUUUCAUCGAUUCGCCUUAAAUAUGUACAAUUUUUUAUGUGGUCAGUCAGACUUAAACAAAUCCACUGAGGCGAAACCUCUCAGAUUUCUUUGGUUUGCUGUUGUUCGUUCGGAGCUGGAUAUUCUUCAACCUAUUAUCCUCAAUCGAAUACUUAUCUUUGAAUGAAAAAUGAAUUAUCUAUUUUUAACAAAACUUUCUAAGCUUCAACGUGUUUAUGCAAUUUUUUUCUAUCUUGUUUCACAGAGCUUUUCUAUCUUUAUCUUCGUUUUCAGGAUCAUCACAAAACUUCGGAAGGCAUAUUGAAAACCGUUUUGUCGAGUGUUCCUGCAAGGUCCUUCUCUGUCGGGAAAGCAAGCUAUAUGGACCACCCUAUGUUUUCCAUGAAUGCAUCUACCAAUACCAGCAGCGAUGGAGGUUCUGUGCUUGAUGCUAGCGCUGCUCCAGAGGCUGAGGGUGGCGAGCAUGGACAGAAUGAUAUGGCAGGUAGAGCAGAGAAGAUGCUGGAUAUUCAUGGCCAAGAAGGGAUAUUUACAUUUGAUAAGAUGGAUGGGGUUGCAGCUGUUGAAGAUGAACUAUACACUGAGAAACCUCAACAUAUUCAUGGCGACUUUGGAGGGAGCAUGGAGAGAACCAUAGGCGCUGAAGAGCUUGAACAGCUAAUGUCUGGCGUCCCUGUCCUUUCUGAUGUCUGUUCCAUUCCACUGGAGCCAAUUCUCUCUGUUUGCAAAGAAAAAUCUCAAAAGCUUGAAACUGCCGAUGAAGAUGUUGAUGUGUGCCAGCUCAGCGAGGAGAGAGAUCUACCCACGUCAUGUGUGGCGCAUGUUGCAGGCUUGUCCGAGAAGACGCCAUCUGGGUCGGAUAUUCAACCAAUUCAUCUAAACAUUGCUGUAGUUGUGAAUGAAUCGUGUGAAAAAUCUCAUCCUGAAAUUAACAUUCCUGAAGCCACAGAAGACAUCAACGGCCAGAUUUCAAUAUGCAAGUCUCCAAGCAGUUUGGAGAAAGAUCGUGACAGUUCGCCGGAAAUUUCUUCUACUGCGUUGACUGCAAAUGAAAGAGAACAGAUUUUUUCUUUUGCCGAGUUCGAAUGUGGGCCUGAAAUUUUUUCUGCUUAUUCGAGAGCAGGUGGUCGCCUCCAACGAUUUCAUUCCUUCAGUUCUUAUCAGAACAUAAGAAUCGGUGGUCCUGAAGGAGCGGGCACUCCAGUGUUUUUAUUGAAAAGAUCUAACAGCGAUAAAGGACCUGCUGCUCAAGACAGGCCCCUUAUUGCUGACAGGACGCUAUGUGGAGAGCCAUCGUCAUCAGCUUUCCUUCUGAGUUCGCCAAGGCAGGAGGAUGGCUUUCUAAAGAGCCAUUUCAGCUGUUCUGAAGAUGAGACGAAGGGUGCAGACGUUGACUUGAGUGCAGGCCCUCAGAGCACUCUGAUGUCUCCCUCUGCUGCUCAAGACGGGCCCCUUAUUGCUGACAGCACGCUGUGUGGAGAGCCAUCUUCAUCAGCUUUCCAUCUGAGUUCGCCAAGGCAGGAGGAUGGCUUUCUAAAGAGCCAUUUCAGCUGUUCUGAAGAUGAGACGAAGGGUGCAGACGUUGACUUGAGUGCAGGUCCUCAGAGCACUCUGAUGUCUGCCUCUGCUGCUCAAGACGGGCCCCUUGUUGCUGACAGCACGCUGUGUGGAGAGCCAUCUUCAUCAGCUUUCCAUCUGAGUUCGCCAAGGCAGGAGGAAGGGUUUGUAAAGAGCCAUUUCAGCUGUUCUGAAAAUGAGACGAAGCGUGCAGACAUUGACCUGAUUGCCGGUCCUCAGAGCACUCUGAUGCCUCUCUCUGCUGCUCAAGACGGGCCCCUUAUUGCUGACAGCACGCUGUGUGGAGAGCCAUCUUCAUCAGCUUUCCAUCUGAGUUCUCCAAGGCAGGAGGAAGGGUUUGUAAAGAGCCAUUUCAGCUGUUCUGAAGAUGAGACGAAGCGUGCAGACAUUGACCUGAUUGCCGGUCCUCAGAGCACUCUGAUGCCUCUCUCUGCUGCUCAAGACGGGCCCCUUAUUGCUGACAGCACGCAGGGUGGAGAGCCAUCGUCAUCAACUGUCGAUCUGAGUCCACCAAGGCAGGCGGAAGACUUCCUAAAGGGCCAGUUCAGCUGUUCUAAAGAUGAGACGAAGGGUGCAAGCGUUUCCCCGAGUUCAAGUCCUCAGAGCACUCAUAUGUCUCUCUCUGGGGCUUCGAGGAAAUCACAGGUCUUAGAUCCGGUUCAUAUGAACAGCAGUGAAGCAGAGGUUGGUGGUUCCGUAGAGUUAUCAACAUUAAACCCUCAUGGAACUGUUCCUGACGAGAGCCACAGAAUACUAAUUUCUUGCCCCUUGGAGUUGAUGAAUGAGACAGAGAACACUAUCGGAGACCACAUGCCCGCUUCAGAUGCUCUGAAUGAUGAACAUCUCCCUUCAUCGGUGAAUGCUGAAGGUGCUUCACAAGAUCAAGCGCCAACUGCAUUAGAUUCCUGUCCAAAAGAGGUAGAUGAGACAGUUAAUGGUAGUCCACAUAAUGUUGGCGCUCCUUCUGAACCUCCCCUCCAGAGUUCAUCCGGUGCAUUACCGGGUCGUGUAGAUGCUGAUGAAAAUUUCAUGUGUCUACCAAUCGAGAGGGAUGUUUCUCAAAGCUUGAGUUGUACUACCGAGUCGUCUCGUACUUAUUCUCUUUUGGAGGAGACUGACGGCAUUGUUCAUCCUGAUCGUAUGCAAGGUAUGCUUUCCCUACUCUUCAUUUCCCCUUUUUUCUGUCAUGUUUCAGGUUCAUUCAUUUCUCAAAACGAAUAAUUGUAAACUUGAGAGACACACUGCCCGAGAAGAAAUCUAAAUUACCCGAAACAAAGUUGCUUCCCUCACCCUUCAUAAUCCCAUCCUCCCUUCCGCGUUUGCUCAUGAAAGCUGCUGUUCUUCGUAUCUGAUACCGCCAGAUUUUUUUUCUUUGCUUUCUUGGAUUUUGUGUGGGUUUUUCAUCUCGGACUCGGCUCGAACUUCAGAUUUAUUUAUUGAUGACAGGCGAAACGGGCGUCAUGGUCGAGGCCCCCGUAGGAAACAAGACCAGAUGCUUAACUCUGGAAGAGGCGACAGACACCAUACUAUUCUGUAGCUCUAUCGUUCAAGAUCUUGCCUUCCAGUCCGCUGCCAUUGGGAUGGAGAAAGAGCACUCAUCUCCCCAAGAGGAUUAUCGGCCCACCGUUGCCUCGCCAGAGAAGCCUGCAUCCGACGAAAGGUCGCCCCGAAGAAGCACGACGAAGUCCACGAAGGCCCGAAGAAAGAUCUCUGAGAUGGAUGCGAAGAUCAUGGCUGCGGAGCCAGGAAGCAACGGGAAAAUACACAAAUUCUCACCUUCGAAGGCCGAGCCUCCCGACAAGGUCGGCCAUGCGAAGCCGCUGAAGCAGGAUUCGUCGAAGAUGUGCAGUUGCACCGUGAUGUAG